AGCCGGAAAAGCGCAGCGAACCCUCCACUUUUUGAGAAACAGUGACGCCUCUGGAGCUGCCAUGGAACCAGGUAUACUGUAAUUGAUCCUUGCGUGGGAGGGGAAGCUGGAUCAGGAUCCGGGAUGGGUGGGGGUGGGGGAAACAACCUGGGAAUUUGCGCCGCUUCCCCUUCGUGUGCUUUUGGAAGCGCCCUCUCUUUCCUAGAAUCCCGUUUUAUCCCAACACAACUUUCUGACGUUCCUUAUCUUAGCAUCCUUUCUCCCAAAGUGGAGCGAGCGUAACCACCACCUGUCCCGGCGCGAAAUCGGUGUCAGUGCUGAUGAAGGAAAGAUUUAGUUAUUUAUUACUUCCCUUUGUAUAUUCGUGUAUUUCUCUUUGCCCGGUAAGCCGUAAAACGGUGCAAGCAGAAAACCUGACGUGGUCUAGACGUGUGGGGGGGGGUCUCUUUUUUAAAAAGGGGAGCUGCUGGUCGAACUGCUCCUCCGGGACCCCCGAGUCUGCGGCGGAGUUUGCAGCCCCGAGGGAAGGGAGAGGCAGGCGCGGAGUGUUCAGCUUUCGUUUCUUCCUCGCCGCGUGUUCCCUGCAGGUGGCAAUGUGUACGAAGAGGCGCCGGGCCACGGGCCGCCCCCCGACGGCCAGGGGAUCGACGUUAUAAACGGCCCUGUCCUGAAUGGCCCUGAGGUUCAGGUAAGAAGCCCCUCCCACUCCCCAGCAAAGUAUUCAUAAUGGAUGGAAAUUGUCUUUCAAUGCGUUUAAGAAUGCGAUCAGUUCCGCACAGUGGUUAGAGAGUGUCAGACUAGGACCAGGUUUCGCAUCCUCACUGGGCCAUGGAGCUCGCUCACUCAGCCCAGCCUACUUCCCAGGGUCGUUGUGAGGAUAAGAUGAGGAUAACAGGGGCUUGCUUUCUUUGAUGUGGAGCGGGGGAAAGCCCCUCCACAUCAACAUGCUAAAAAAUUUAUUUGGGGCAUGUAUUCUGGCUCUUCAACAUGCAUGCAAGAACACGUGCAUACCACUUAUUCUCAGCAGCCUAAUAAUAAUACAGUGGUACCUCGGGUUAAGUACUUAAUUCAUUUCGGAGGUCCAUUUUUAACCUGAAACUGUUCUUAACCUGAAGCACUACUUUAGCUAAUGAUGCCUCCUGCUGUUGCCGUGGCGCCGGAGCACAAUUUCUGUUCUCAUCCUGAAGCAAAGUUCUUAACCCAAGGUACUAUUUUUGGGUUAGUGGAGUCUGUAACCUGAAGCGUCUGUAACCUGAAGCGUAUGUAACCCGAGGUACCACUGUAAUUCAAAAAACAGCCUUGGAAUGGAGAACAGCCCUCUCUAGCAGUGCCUUCCUCACCCUAAGUCAUGGCCUUUUUAUUUAUUUUAAUAAUAAUAAUUUAUUACUUAUACCCAGACCAUCUGGCCGGGCCUCCCCAGCCACCCUGGGCAGCUCCCAACAGAAUAUUACAAACACGUUAAAACAUCAAACAUUUAAAACUUCCCUAAACAUAUUUAUUGCAUUUAUAUCCUGCUUUCUUGUCCAGGGAGCUCAAGGUGGUGAACAUGGUUGACGGCCUCCUCAUUUAAUCCCCAAAACAACCCUGUGAGGUUGGUUACGCUGAGAGGCAGAGACUAACUCAAGGUCACUCAGUGAGCUUCAUGGCCAAGUGGGGCUUUGAAACCUGGUCUCCCAGCUCCUAGUCUGGCACUCUAUCCACUACCUCACAGUGGCCCUCAUUUCUUUCUCUCUCUCUCUCUGAGAUGGGACACGGGUGGCGCUGUGGGUUAAACCACAGAGCCUAGGACUUGCUGAUCAGAAGGUCAGCAGUUCAAAUCCCCGCGACGGGGUGAGCUCCCAUUGCUUGGUCCCUGCUCCUGCCAACCUAGCUGUUCGAAAGCACCUCAAAGUGCAAGUAGAUAAAUAGGUACCACUCCAGCAGGAAGGUAAACGGCGUUUCCGUGUGCUGCUCCGGUUCGCCAGAAGCGGCUUAGUCAUGCUGGCCACAUGACCUGGAAGCUGUACGCCGGCUCCCUCGGCCAAUAAAGCAAGAUAUGCGCCGCAACCCCAGAGUUGGCCACGACUGGACCUAAUGGUCAGGGGUCCCUUUACCUUUACCUCUCUGAGAUAUGUGGCAUGCUGGCUCUCUGCCAUGGGGGGGCGAGUUUACCAGGGUGUUUCUCUUAACCCCCAUGUGAUUCUUCUGUCUUUAGCUGGAUGACUUUGUGGGUGCUCACGCCGAGUACGACGAAGAGAAGGAGGAGAGCAAGUACUUCCGCCGCAAGCGCUUUGGUGUGAUCAAGAACCUCUUGGCGGCCAGCCUGGGGGGGAUGCUGACCUACGGGGUCUUUCUAGGUAUGCUACACUUUCAUCGUCUUCAUCUCCUGCUGCUACCCAUAGCCUAGUCUCCAUCAGAUGUUCAUCUACCUGCAAGUCCAGCCGUACCUCUAGGUCAGGUGUGGCUAACUUUUUUCUGGUCAUAUUGAUCCAUUGCCAAGAUUCUGGGGCAAAGUGUAAAAGUGGGUGUCGUGAAAACUGCAGUUCCCAGGGCUGCCUUCCGAAAAGACUUUCCCACCAGCUAUUUUAUAUUUAUUUUUGAAAUAAUUUGAUCCCUGAAAUCCCUGCCUAAUCACUGACGUGGAAUGGACUCCCUUGGGAGGUUGUAGACUCUGUUUCAUUGGAGAUUUUUAAGCAGAGGUUGGAUGGUUAUCUGUCAUGGAUGGUUUAGCUGGGAUUCCUGCAUUGCAGGGGGUUGGACUAGAUGACCGUUGGUGCCCCUUCCAACUCUACAAUUUUAUUAUUCUAUGAUCUUCAAGGGGAGUAACUGUUAGUAAUCCCCUCUGGUUCAGAUGCAUGGCUUGUAUCCAUUAGGAACUGUGCAUCCAACAUUGUGGACCUAAUUUUGCAGAGUUGAGAUCAGGCAGGAUCCCGCCCUUUUGAAUUUCCUGUGCCAACUGAAGACUUUUUCAAAAAUAUAUUGCAUCAGGCAUUUUAGCUGAAUUCUGGUUUUAUGAUUUUAACGAGAUUUAUGUUUGCAUUAUAUUGCGCUUCUUGUACAUCACUUAGAAGUCGUUGAAAUUAAGUGGUAUAUAAAUGGUUGAAAUAACGAUGUCUCAAGGCAACUUGCAGCUUCCAAAUUUAGUGGUAUAGUGAGGCAUGGAAGGACCAGGCAGCUGGAUGGGAAACUCCAGGAUCUGUUGGCUAAAGUGGAUGAUUAGCAGGACUCCCCCACCAUAGGGAGGUUAUAGCCUGCUGAGAUGUAGAGCCAGACACAGGUUGACAACCAUUUGGAAUGGACCGAUGUUUCUGCAUCUCUCAAUACUAGAAGCUGGAGCCAUCCAAUGAAGUUGAAUAUUGGAAGACAAAAGGAAGUACUUCCUCAUACUGUGUAUAAUUAAACUCUGGAAUUUUCUAUCACAAGAUGUAGUGAUGGCCACCAUGUUGGAUGGCUUUCAAAGGAGAUUAAACACAGGAAUGGAGGAUAAAUGUAUCUGUGGCCACUAGCCAUGAUGGCUACAUAACUACCUCCAGGACUAGAGGCAGCAUGUUUCUGAAUAGCGUUUCUGGGAAGGCGAGUAGAGAAGUGCUCUUGUGCUCAUGUUCUGCUCAUGGCCUUCCCAGAGGCCACUACAGGAAAGGGGAUGCUGGACUAGAUGAGCCUUUGGUCUGAUCCGGAUGAGCUCUUUUUGUGUUCUUGCCUGUCUGUUUCUUGUGGUUCGGUUCCCUGUCUUUGUUUUCAGCGGCUGAUCCAGUCCUGUGACAGCUCAGUGCUUUUCCUGUGGUUCUGAACACAGCUAUUUUAUACCAGCUUAGGACAUGAUGCCGUGUGUUUCUUAGAUACCGCCACAAUUGUUACGAUUGCAGUAUUUCUGGUCUCUAAGCCAGGAUUGCAACAUCUGCUUGGGUGAAACCUUUAUUUCCUCUUUCAGUUGAAGCUGAAGUUGCAACCCAACAGAAAAGUGUUGGUUUGCUGUGAUAAAAUUAAAUCCGAAAUGGUGACCUGUUGCAAACUUAAAUCUCUAGUGGUGAUUCGUUGCAUGGAGCACACCCGUUACUUCAUAAAAUGGAGGAAAGUGCUACUUUGUAGUUCAUAAAGACCCUUUGGGAUUACAGGUUUUGAUUUGCUUGGUUUUUAGGGGCUCAGUCCACCAAACAACACUGUUUUGAAACUUGUCUUCACUUCCAUGGUCCUUGUACAUGGUAAUUAAUGGGAGGCAACACUGAUGUUUAGGUAACUGCAUGUGUAUCUUUAUGUGGGAGCACUAAAAAUAUGCUGCCUUCCUCACAAGGUCAUUCUGGUGGCAAAGUCCCAGAGGGAGCACUAUCUGUUUUCAUUUUCAUUUUGCACAUUUGAUUCAGAUCAAAAGGUUUUGGACCUUACCUUGUUGUGAAGGAGCAGGACGUGCAAGUUGCAUCCUACUAUUCCUCUGCAGCAGAAUAACAGAAUAGUAUCAUCCUGCCAAUCUAGAAGGAGCAGAUCCAGUGGCAGGGAAGAGAAGCAGCUCAUGAUGCUUGACAUCCUGAUGAAACCUGGGCCUCUGCCUCAGCUUCCAAGAGUAUAUUAAAACGGGUGUCUUUUUAACGAUUUCACCCACUUGGUCCUGUUGGAUGGUGUGGGUCUCAGUGUGGUGUUGAACUCAUUGAGGAAGCAAGCAGAGGGAUCCUGGACAAGUCAGCUCUGUUUCUGAACAUGACUGUAUCUUGCAGCCCUGGUGCAAUCUCUGAAUAUUCCCUGCCGCUUGGAGAGAAGAGCCUUCAUCAGCCACUGUUAGCUUUUCCCCCCUUGGAGCUAGUUUAGCAGUGUGGUACCUGUACUGAACAAGGUUGUGCCAACUCUUAAGUGCCCCUGUCAUCUCCCCUAGGCUUGCUGCAGAUGCAGCUCAUCCUGCACUAUGACGAAACGUACCGAGAGGUGAAAUACAGCAACCUGGAACUACAGAACAUUGAUAGCAAGAUGCUGAUGGGCAUCAAUGUCACACCUAUUGUUGCCCUGUUCUACACUCCAAUGCUCAUCAGGUAUUCCUCUGCUGUGACUUCCUGAUCACCCCCUCUGAAUUCUUUUCAUGCUAUUCAUACUUUUUUUGUUGGGGGGUGGAGCUGUGCCUGGAAUACAAAUUUUGGGUGCGCCCAUGCUAGGGGUUUUCUCGUAGACUUCUCACACUUUACCCUGCCAAAAGUGGGCGAAAACAUGACAAGAGAUGGGGGGAAUGCACCUUCUGAAGCAUGGAAGAUUAUGUAGCUUAUAGUAUGAGAACAAUCAGUGGGCAGUGCUAAAAACCCUCAGUGUGGACGCACCAUUCUUUUGGAAGGGGUGAAAAAACCUGAAUCCUGUGUCCUGAUGUAGCUAGAACACAAGUAAUCUCACAGUUGUAAAAACAUUUCGCCCUGCCCAGAACACAGACCUCUUUUUUUCUGUCUUUCCAGAUUCUUUGGCACCAAAUGGAUGCUGUUCUUGGCCGUGGGUGUCUACACACUCUUUGUCUCCACCAACUACUGGGAACGCUACUAUACCUUGGUGCCAUCGGCCGUGGCCAUCGGGGCUGCCAUUAUACCUCUCUGGGCUUCCAUGGGCAAUUAUGUCACCCGGUGAGCCUGUUGCAGAAGGGAAAGACACUAGAUUGAAAGACCUCCCCCGAGUGUCUUUGCAUGGCCCUUACCAUACAUAAGUACCAUUCUGGUCACUUAGCGACUCUCCUUAACAAUAUUGUGAAUUCCUGACCAGUGUUGGCAUUGAGAUGUUUCAUCAUCAGUGUGGUGAAUGGGUUUUGGGUGUUCUGGUUGCACCAACCUGCAGAAGCAUUUCUUGGCAGCUUCCAUGGGAGGAGGAGUUUUACGGCAGGUAUAAGGAGCAUGUGGCCCUCCAGAUGUCCUUAGACUCUUGCUCCCAUCAUCCACAGCCAGCAUAGGGGUGGUGGGAGCAUCUCACAGCAUACAUAAACAUACAGUCGUACCUCAGAAGUUAAACACCUUGCGAGACAAACGUUUUGGCUCCCCAAUGCUGCAAACCUGGAAGUGAUUGUUCCAGUUUGCGAAUGUUCUUUGGAACCUGAAUGUCCGUUGUGGUUUCUGCAGCUUCCAAUUUGCUGCAGCCGAUUGGAAGCCAUGCCUUGGUUCAUGAACGUUUUGAAAGUCGAACGGAUUUCCGGAACGGAUUCCAUUCAACUUCUGAAGUAUGGCUGUACUGACCUUCGUUUUUGACUUGUUAUGCUUUUAUUGUAUGGUUUUCAUUCGGUCGUGCUUUGAUGUAUUUUUGUGAUGUAUCAGUGUAUACAUAUUUCUUUUAUAAAUGGAUAAAACAAAUAAAUCUGGAGUGCCACAGGCUCCCUACCCUGUCCCAGAGUGUGUCCUGGAGAGAGCAGGUGGGCAGCAGGUUGCACUCACCUGGUCAUCUGAUAUGUUCGACUUGCCUCAACAGGAUGGCACAGAAGUACUAUGAAUAUGCGAACUACAAGUUGGAACAUGUCCAGGAGCAGCAAAGGGCACCACGUGGGGCCUACAACUCCUACAUUGUUGGCUUCCAGACUGUCUUUUAUGCCAUCUUCUAUGUGAGAGCUCUAUUAAAAGGGUUUUUUUCAUGCACCUUUGGGGUGGAGUGGGAUGUGUGUGUAUUCCCCAUUGUCUCUCCUUGUCUGUUGGGAAAUGGCAGCCCUCAGUGAUAUAGUUCAGUGAGGAGACACCCUCUCACUCUCUGCACAUGUUGGGUUUCUCUCUCUCUCCUGCCCACGGUUGGUUUAUCUUGCAUUCUCUCUGUUUUCCAGCUGAGCUUUGUCUGUGCCCAGUUUCCCAUGUUUUUCUUCAUAAAGGGGCACCUCUCUGAUUUGAACCACACACUCUUCAGCGUACAGCACUGUGGUGAGUAUCCUGGCUGAGGGGCUGUAGCUCAGUGGGGAGAGCAUCUGUCUUGCAUGCAGAAGAGGUGUUUUGCUGGCUGACUUGCUGUAAGGUAGCCAUUUACCUCCACCCCCCAUUCCUUGAGCAAAUGGAGCUUAAUGUAAGUUGCCUCUCUGAGAUCUUGGGGGUGGGGCAGAUUGAAGGAGGAAUUUGUUGUAAAUUUACCUGUCUAUGUAUUGGGAGGAGGUUGGGUUACCAAACAAAAUCACCUGUGCAGUUAAUGAAAAAAAUGAAUGGGGAAAAUAGGAGGAUGGAGGGAUUUGGAGAAACUUCUUUGGGAGUGUCUUGGAACAAGUGAGUCAGUGAAUGGUCUAGGCCAGGGGUUGGCAACCCGCGGCUCCGGAGCCGCAUGUGGCUCUUUUGCACCUUUGCCGCAGCUCGGGGCAGAUACUAGAGCUACCCAUGUACCCCCAGCAGCCAAAACAAAAUGCCACAAAAUGAGUGAAUGAUUUCCCCCCCAAAAAAUUUACACAACAAACAUAAAAAGAAUAAACUGAGCUUACAUUACAUAUACAUUACAUUCUCGCUGCAAGAAGCCACAUUACAGGGAAACAAACAGGGGCAGAGGUGAGGGAGUGUCCCUCAAUUUCCUGCUGGCGUGAGAAGCGUAGAAAGUACCUGGCCAUCCCGUGAAGUCUUUUGCGGCGGUUGCCAGAAAAUGCCUGUGAAAACGCAGCCUGCCGGGACUCGGUCCCUGAGCGCCGUGUCGGCCAGACAGGACUUUUUGCGCCCGCUUACGAAGCUGCCACAUGUCGGACGCUCCCUCGCCGGCUUUGACAGGCGCCUUCGGCCAGCUCGAACCCGCCCCCCAGACCCGCCUCCUCCAAUCGGAGGCGGCGGUGGUGGAAGUGGAGGUUGGGGGCCCCCUGGACCACAACGUGGAGGAGGUGAGGGCGGGGCUUGCUGCCCACGGCAAUUAUUACUAUUAAUACUAUUAUUACUAUUGCCACCAUCAUUAACAGCCUCAUUGUCAUUUUUCUUAAUUAAAUAUAAUCUCAGGGGACCUCAGCCCUUGCCACUUAAUGCUCAGUUUAACCUCCACUCGCUUCUUAGGUUAAAACCUUAUUUUUUUUUUUUUAAUGGUAGCACCUUAUCCCUUUUGGUUUCUCCAUUGCAUUUCCUUCCCCUGACAGACAAAAUCCUCUCCCUCAGAGGCAUCCGCGUAUCCCCCUCGCACCCCCACCCCCCAGCUCCAUUACUACUACUACCUCUGUGAAUUUCUUUAAGACCGUCCAACUUGUCGCCUGUGUGAGGGAGUUCCAUGGUUCAAUUGUGCGCUGGGUGAAAAAGUCCUCUCUUUCCUCUGCCCUGAAUCUUUGAACAGUCGGCUUCUUGGGAUGUCCACAAGUUCUGGUGGUCCACAAGAGAGGGGGAAAAGCUUUUCUCUACCCUCUUUCUCCAUUCCAUGCAUAAUUUGCCAACUUCCUUUCAUGUCACCUCUUCUCUAAACUAAGAUUACCAGUUUGUUUUUUCAAUGAAUCCGGGGACACUUUUCAACUUCCUAUUAAAUAGCUUUUGCCAGGGGACUGAUUUGUAAAUCUGGGGACUGUCGCCGGGAAACGGGGACGUCUGGUAACCUUCCUCAAAACUAAAAAGUCCCAAAUGCUGCAACCUUUCUUCGCAGGGGAGUCCCCGGGAUUCCAGUGCUAUUUUUCUAGAGAAAGCGGUGCCAAAACUCGCCCUGAAUGCCUCCCUUGUUCUCUUAGACUGGCAAUGGCACCCACCUAAAAGGGUGGGGAGGAAAACCCUGCCUGGAUCAUUUCAGUUGCUCUUUUCUGAAGUCCAAUUGGUUUUCUACUGUUUUGUAAGUUUUGCGGCUCCCAGUUUUUUUUCCCUUUGGAAACGGGUCCAAGUGGCUCUUUUUGUCUUAAAGGUUGCAGACCCCUGGUCUAGGCCUUCCCAACUGCUGGCUCCAGCCUUAUCCAUUGGCAUGCAACUUCCUACUGUCCAUACAUGGCCACCUCUGGGCAAUAAGUGUUCCCACCCCUGCCCUUUAUACCCAUGAUCCUAAUCUUUGGGGACCCUUUCCCAACUAGGCCUGUGGUUGCUGAAAGUGCUGGGUUUUUUCCUUGCAGGGACCAACAGCCAUGGGAUUCUCACAGGGUUCAACACCACAGUUCUGCAGAAGCUGCCACGCAGCAAUGAGCUCAUCACGGUGGAGAGUGUUCUCAUGGGAGUGGCCUUCCUCUCCAUGCUCCUGGUAUGAAGCUAGGGACAAAAAAGCACAAGGGCAAAGGCAUGGAUUAACUCACCAUGCUUGUGGUCAUCAUGAAAUCAGUAGUAAAAGCAAUACAUUCUGCAACCCAGAUUCCUCUGCCCCUAAAAUGUGUACACAGUUGGCAGGUAAAUCACAUACAAAGCAAAUGUGUUCAUUGUGCACGUGAUAGGGCAAUCCUCUUGAACCCCCUACGUGCAUAAGAAGAGCCUGCUGGAUCAGGCCAGUGGCCUAUCUAGUCCAGCAUCCUGUUCUCACAUAGGCUAACCAGAGGGCUAUGGAAAGCCUGCAAGCAGGACAUGGGCAUAACAACAUGGUCCCCUCCUGCUGUUUCUAGUACCUGGUAUUCAGAAGGAUAUUGUCUCUUGACUGUAAAGGUUAUGUGGCUGCAUAUUGAGGAAUAUGCCCCAGCCAGAAACAACUAUGAAUCAGUGCAUUGACCUGUAUAUCUGCAGCAGUCACACACUAGGAUUGCCUCUGUCUUUACCUAGCUAGGUAUGGGUGCUCUACCUGUAUGGGCUGGAGCAUAGGGUAAGCAUUGUUGCUGCUGCUGCUGCUGCUGCUGCUGCUGUUGCCACAUGGAUUGUGGACCCAGGUAAGAGCUUUCAAGUGGUACUAUGCAAAGAUACAGCCAUAUCAAAACUGUCCCUUAACAUAGGUGGAAAUGAGGUUAAAUGAGAUGAAUAAACAAAAUCUCUGGUCUAUGUAAAUGUGAUCCAUUUCUUUAUUUUACCGUGCAAGGGGCAGAAUUAAUAUGGAUACUGGGUUGCCAUUGAAAACAGCAGCCCCAUGUCGAGUUCUCUUUGCCCCAUCUGUAAUACUCAGACAGACUUCUGAUGUCAUCUUGUUUCAUAUUUCUCUGCCUCACAUCAUUGGCUGCUGCUGAUGUGUAUGUUUGGCAGGGGAGGUGAUGGGACAAUGCAGGAAAUUAUGCUUAAACAUUCCCAGCAGAGAUGGGGAAUCUGUGGCCCUCCUUAUAAUUUGUGGACUGUAGCUUCCAUCAUCCCUGACCAUUGGCCAUGCUGGCUGGGGCUGAGUUCUGCCCCCAUUCCUCCUUUUAACAAGGAGAGUACAGGGAGAGCCCUGGUCAUUUUUGCCCAGCUUCUGAUAUCUCAGUGCCACACCUUUCUGUUUCCACAGGUGUUGCUUCUGUGUGGCUCAGCCUAUCGCCCCACAGAGGAGAUAGAUUUGCGCAGCAUUGGCUGGGGCAACAUCUUCCAGCUGCCUUUCAAGCACAUGCGGGACUACCGCCUGCGCCACCUCAUUGUCUUCUUCAUCUACAGUGGAUUUGAGGUGGUCUUCUUCUGCACUGGCUUCACUCUGGUAAUGCGAAGUCCUUUCAGGUUUGGAGACAGGAAGGGCUGGGCACCCAAGUACGGUACCUCUGUGCUAACAAAAGGUCCUUCCUCUCCACUUCCCAGAACUAUGGUGUCUGCUCCAUUGGCCUGGAGCGCAUGGCGUACAUCCUCACCGCUUAUGGACUCUCCUCUGCUGUCUGCUCCACCCUGGGUCUCUCUAUGUUGUGUCUGCCUCGCCAAGUUCCCCUGCUUGCCGGAGCAUCGGUCCAUGCCAUCCUAUUGAUCGGCCUCUUCUGCUGGGCACCUCAGGCCCGUAGCUUAGGCGAAGAAGCCCUGCUCUACCUGGUAGCUGCACUCUGGGGUCUUGGCAGUGCCCUCAACAAGACAGGCCUCAGCUGUGAGUAAAACAAUACCCCUUUGGUGUCGGAGCCUUAUACCAAGUCAGAUCAUUAGUCUGUCUACCUCACUAUUGUCUAUGGCAGUGUUUCCCAAACUUGGGUCUCCCGCUGUUUUUUUUUAACUACAAUCCCCACCAACCCUGACCACUGGUCCUGCUAGCUAGGGAUGAUGGGAGUUGUAGUCCAAAAAUAGCUGGAGACCCAAGUUUGGGAAACCCUGGUCUACAGUGACUGGCAGCAAUUUCCGAGGCUUUCAGCCACAGUUCUCUCCCAUCCUACCUGGAGAUGCCUGGGAUUGAACCUGGGACCUUCUGCAUGCGAAGCAGAGGCUGCAAACAGUGCUUGCACUUGGUGUAGUAGCUGUUGUACCUUCCAUAGACUAGGACAGGAGUAGCCAAUGCUGUGCCCUGCUGUUGGACUCUCAACUCCCAUCAGCCCCAGCUAGCAUGGUCAAUCAUCAGGGAUGAUAGGAGUUGGGAGUCCAACAACAUCUGGAGGACAUCACCUUGGCUUCCUCUGGACUAGGAGGUACAGCAAGCUGAGCUGGACAAUACCAUGGUAACAACAACUCUCUGAAAUAGUGUGAUAGAUGCUUGUUACCUGGAAGAGGCUCAAUUCUAACUGCCUGAAUGGCAGGUAGUGUAUUCUGCGAACUUCAGUCUCCCUUGACGGUGUCAUUGAUCACUAGUAAAGCAAAAUAAUGGGCUUGUUCACACAUGGCACUCAACACAGAUGAAAGUGGUUUCUCCAUCUGUACAAGUGUCUAUAUGAAACACUGUAUGCUUGUUGAUCUAUUGUGUACACAGCUGAACAUUACAUGUCAACAACUGUGUGAGUGUACAGCUCCUUUGUUUACAUGCAUUAUAGACUGGUCAUGCGUGAGCACCCCUAGUAACUGCCCCCAAGAUAUUUUUCCAUGGUUUGUUACAGAUUUUGGAGGGGAGCAUUUUAUAAGAUGCAUUGUUUUCCUAACCUUUCAUACUAGUCUGUACUGAGAACAGCAGAAAUAAUGCAGUGGUGUAGCACCUUAUAAGGCUUCACACAUUUAUUAUGGCAUAAGAUUUAUUGGAUUACAGUCUGCUUCUUCAGAAUCAUGAAGGGUUAUCAGGUCCGUGUGUGUGUGUGUGUGUGUGUGCGUGCGCGCACGGACAUGCGCAUACACACACACAUAUGGGUGAAGGGCGAUUGUGAAGAAUAAGAUAGGCAAUGAAAGCUAAUAGUCUCUGAAUCUAGUUGCUGCAUCCCUGUCCCCUGCCCUUUCCCUACAGCACUCCUGGGGAUACUUUAUGAAGACAAGGAGCGUCAGGACUUCGUCUUCACCAUAUAUCACUGGUGGCAAGCCAUAGCCAUCUUCGUUGUUUAUCUCUGGUCUGGACUGCCCAUGAAGGUGAGUGGGAAGUCUGGCACUGCAUGAAUUCUUUGACCUCUCUGGCUCUUGGUGGCAUAUGAAGAUGACUUUGAAAGGAGGAGAGUUCCUCUGGCCUGGGGAUAAUAAGAGAAUAAAUCUAAAGCCAGUAGUGUUGUGAAGGAACUUGAAGGAAUGAGCAGAAAGGGUUAAUGGAAUGGCGCCUAGGUGAUAGUUCUCCUUUGCCUAGGUCAUAUUUGCAGAACUGACCUUUGUGUUAACUGAUGGAGUCUCUUCCUUCUAGGCCAAGUUAUCCAUCGUGCUCGCUACUCUGGUAGCUGCAGUAAUAUCUUACCUGUGGAUGGAGCGUAAAGUAGCCCAGAUGAUCCCUCAUCGCCUCCCCAAAAUUCCCAAGCCCCGUCACAAGGUGCGGGGCUACCGCUACAUGGACGAUGACAACUCUGACGAGACUGGCUCUGAGAAGGAAGACGAUAAGGAGAGCGACUCCUCUGAGGAAGAGGCAGAAGGGGAGGAACCCAGUGGCCUCCGUGAUCGACCUCGCCGAAGGAACAGAUGUUCCUAUGAGCAGGCCUUGGGAGGGGAAGGGGGAGAGAAUGUGGGCUAGUGCCUGCCCUUUUCUCACCUGUCUGGGUUGGGACAUGACUCUCAGGUGCCUUUGGCAUCAGCCUCUCUCCAUCACUUGAAUCCUCUUUCUGCCAUGUUUCAACUUUGUUGGGACCACAGGCUGUGUUUGAGCCAUUUCCUUACCUCGCUCCUGACACUUCAGCUACAGUUGGAAGAGAGUGAAGCUUCAAAGGCACACUUCCUGACAAAAGUUCUUCACGCCUCCCCUGCCUAAUAUGUGGCAGGAAUCGUAAUCUCCAGCUUCAGACUGUGAGUGGUACAAUAUAUCCAGGCAUCUCCCCAUGGAAACGUUUAGGUGGAUUGUGAGAAAUAAGUACAAGGUACAAAAUGUCAACGCUUUAGAUGCGUAAGCCCCUGGAGGUUGGGAGAAGGGGGAUUACGGUAGAUCGAACUUUUCUUAGUCUUUAGAAACAAAUGGCAGUAAAGUCUUGGUACAUUUUCAUAAGUUCUUUUACUGUGUAGGUUGGCUCCUGAGGGUGUUUCUGUGGCCUAUCACAGUUGGCCCUAUUGCUGGUGGGUAUUCUCUCUCUCUCUGAUAAUAUGCAAGUUUACCCACUAAAGACCUUGCAAUAAAAUUGAUCCUGCUCAUUUGACACCCAGUGCUCACAUGAUAAACCAAUAAAGAACCUUGUCUUCAACUGUUGAUAAAUUGUACUCAGCAUAAAAGUUGACUGGCAGCAGCUGUGUGUCAGCUGUCUUACUUAGCAGGAACUUCCAACUGCACAGUUCCUGAGCACUAUGCAUGCAGUGAUUGCUCUCUGGUUGUAAGCCAGUGCCCAAUUUUGCCCAUGAGGUCUAUUUUCCCCAAACUACACUCACCUGCCCCACACCUGAUGUCAGCUGCAGGGCAGGUAAAGAUGCAACAUGAUUGGCUGUAUGACUUGGGUUCUCCAUGAGGAACUUCUACAGUCACACGCUGCAGAGGGCAGCUUUUCCAGCUCUGUGUGUAGUGCUUGGGAAGUGCUGAGUGCAGGACAUGGGAAGCACUUUGCACAUCACUGACUGGCUGCCAGCUGCUUGGGAAGUGAUGUGCAAGGAGGCUUUGACAGGUGUCAGUCAUCUGGAGAUUUCAGGUUGCCUUGUGGGUUUGACAACCCUAGUAAGGAGAGAAUCUUGGUUAGCUUCCUCAAGCUUAGACUUUGAAUCCUGAACUGGGGGGCAGAGGGGAGCUUGGCAGGGCAUUGUGGGCACCAUGGCAUCUGCAGGGACCAUGUUGGCAAAGCCGGAUGAAGGCAACACUGAGCUAGGUAGUCCAGUGGCCUGAAGGGAUGCAAGACAGCGUCCUGUCUUCUUGGUGCAAGGACCCAAGUUUAAUCCUCGACAUAACACUGGCAGCCGAAAGGAAAUCAGGCAAUACUGUACAUAUUUGGGGCAGGGAAGAAGUAGGGGCACUGUGGAAAGAACAUCCUCCCCAAGGCAAUCUCUUGAGUUGGGUAUGUGUGCAGAGGUGAGGUUCAAACGCAAAUCUUCAUUGCUCAUCGUGCCUCAGACAGUGAGCCACUGGGAGCACCAGGAAUAUUCUUGAUUGUAAAGGAUCCCCUCCCCCACUUUCUCUGAUCCUUAAGAUCGGACCCUAUUUUUAUAUGCUCCAGUUCCCUCAAAACCUGUUUUUAUCAUUUUUAAUAUGCCUUUAUACUACUGUUUUACUGGUUUUGUAUUUUUGUUUUAGUUGUUUAUAGUGUUUCUACGUUGUAUAAUUCAACACUGUAUAUAUUUUUAAAUGGUGGAACUGUUUCUAAAUGAUUUUAAAUAAAAUACAUUAGUAAAGGUU